UCAGGAACAAGUUGAAAAGUGGGGAUACGCGUUAACUUGCUACGCGUUCCCCCACCGUCGAGCGGGAGCGCCUCGUUUAGCCUGUAAUUUGCUCAAACACUAGCAAGCUCUCGUGCCAGAAGCAUCAUCCGUCAGAGAGAACGACGAGCAAGAGAAAGAAAGAGAGAAAGAGAAAAAUCCGUACGACGGUUUUUUUUAACACACGCGGUAUUUGCAAAAUAAAAAUAAUUCAACAAAAUGUCAACGGUCCUGUUCGAGGCUUAAAUUUCAAGUGAUAGAUCAUUUUAUUAUAAUUUAUUAAUCACAAUAAUCAUUCGUUAUCAAGUUCGACGAGGACUACGAGUUUUUGGUGGGCUCGUGCGCGACCCCCUCCCUACCCCUGUAAUUGUGACAGUGUGCAGUGACAGACCCAGUUCGUUAAGUGUGCCCUGCUGGAAUGAUUAAACGUUAUAAAUAAAGAUUUAAAACGUAAAGGGAAAAUAAACGAAGGUUUGGAGGCAACUAUUACUACUUUGCUGUGAUUUAGAUUUCUUCAGUGUGCGACGCAGCAGUGUAUAAUACGAACGAAUGUGUUUCGGAGAUGACUUGGAAAUUUUGAAUGAGAGCCGUUAGGCCUCACUGCGGGGAAUCUUACCUAGAAAUUUAUCCGAAGAAAGGAUCCCGUUGAAUUCCUUUUCCUUUCUUUUUUUUUCUUCUAUCUAUUUGUCUGUCUCUCUCUCUCUCUUUCUCUCUCUCUCUCUCUCUCUCUCUUUUCCUCUCUUUCUUUUUUUCAAAUUAUUUUUUUGAGUUUCCGGUCCGCGAAUGUUAACGAGACUCGAACGAAAUUCGAUCACGCGUGUUACAAUUAUAAAAAAUGCAUCAGAUCUAAUUUCGAGGAUCCAUUUGGUGCGAGCAGGAGGUUAAUAGUUGUCGUUAGGUCUAAGCAAAAAAGUGGGGAAUUCUUCGGCGAGCCGUACGAUAAUCGUACGAUGAUGCCGCUCGCGCCGACGCCAAUCGUUCCGGUACCCUCGAAGCCAAAGAUCGGCUUCAGCAUCGACUCGAUCGUCGGUGGCGGAGGUGGUGGAGGUGGCGGUGGUGCCGGUACCGGCGGCGGUCCUGGUGUACAGGCUGGUCGUGUCAUCGAAGAUCGAAUUACUGGAAAAGAUCGUUUGGAUCAUCGUGUCGAAAUUGAACGAGAUGAUGGGAGUCCGAUGGAACUCGUCGAGGCCUCCUCGUCGCCGAAGUCACGUGGCAUUGCAACUAGAUCACCUGGUGCUCAUUCGGAAGGUUCCGAUCGACCUGUAUCACGUAGUUCCUCCGUAGAAUCCUAUACGAAUAAUCCGCGAAGGACACCAUCCCACGCGACUACCGGCAAUAAUAAUAAUAAUAAUAAUCAUCACCAUCAUCAUCACCACCACCAUCACGCGAAUCAUCACGGACAUCACCAUCAUCAUCAUCAUCACCAUCUCGGUGGUAGCAAUCAAUUAGACUUCGGUAAGAGUACCGUUCUCAGUCACAGCGGUGGCUCAACUCCGAACGAUAGUCCGAGUCCACCACAUAGGAUACCAGGACACGGUGAUUCACCUGUAAGCUCUCAUCCUCAGCCACCUCCUGGCGUUGUAAGGCCGAGUCCAAACUACCUAGCACCACCGCCUGGUGCCGUUACGGCUGCAGCAGCCGUCGCAGCCGAACAACUAAAGUCUCUUUAUGGAAUACCACCUGGACACGGACCGACGGCACCUCAGACCGGCCAGAACGAAUAUCAUUCCCAACAGUUAGCACUCGCUGCCAAUCUUGCUGCUGCUCAGCACUUUCAAGCGGCAAAUCUUGCUGUUGCUCUUCAAGCGCAUCACGGUGCAUCUCCUCACGCUACACCUCAUGGACCUUAUCCGCACGGUGGCGCACCGGCUGGACCACAUCCUCCACCUCAUACUCAUCAACCAGCAAGAGACAGUUAUCCUCUAUAUCCUUGGCUAUUAUCAAGACAUGGUAGGAUUUUUCCUCACAGAUUUACGGCUGGUCCCGACAUAUCUGGCUUCCUUCUGCAACCCUUCAGAAAACCGAAAAGAAUAAGGACUGCGUUUAGUCCGAGUCAACUGUUAAAGCUGGAACACGCCUUCGAGAAAAAUCAUUAUGUUGUCGGGGCGGAAAGGAAGCAGCUAGCGCAGGCGCUAUCGUUAACCGAAACUCAGGUUAAGGUGUGGUUUCAAAAUCGGCGAACGAAGCAUAAGAGAAUGCAACAAGAAGAGGAAGCAAAAGCUCAACAACAAUCUGGCGGUGGUGGGGGAGGGGGCGGUGGCGGGGGUGGUAAUGGUGGUAACGCGAAUAACAACAGUAAUAAUAAGAACACUCAUCACGUUAGCAAGUGGCAACAAGAGACUGGUGAUUAUCAUCACGAGGAUGAAGAGGAAGAAGAACAAAUCGAUCCGGAAGCUGAAGAAUGUUCAAGCGAUUCUGAAGCGUAGCUAGACGUUUUAUGCCUGGAUUAAAAGUUUCCAGGAUGGCAUUUUGUAUCGUUGGAAAAAAAAAAAUAACAGAUAGAGAGAGAGUGAUAUGUUCAUUUUUUGAACGGAAUUCUCGAAGAAAAUAUUUCUUUUUUUCCUUAAAAACGAAUUCUUCAUGAAGGAGAAUACGUUUGUUCGUUGGUUCAACGAAAAAAUGACGAUGAUGAACGAUCUGAAAAAUAACAAAUUUUCACGGAUAUCCUUGACGAAUCGUUUAAAUCGAUUAAUUUGGAUUUUUAUCGAAAAUAAUGAGAGUAAAUUAAUAAUAAUCAUAAUAAUAAUAAUAAUAUGAAGAAGAUCGUAAUCGGACGUUUACGAUCGUUUUAUUACGUAAAAGGAGUACGAAGAGACAGACGAAUAAUAUUAUACUAAACUUCACGUUUUUUCGUGAGUUGAAAAAAUACAAGAAAGUAUAAGAAAGAAAAGAAGAAGAGGGUGGAAAAUAGAGACGGGUCGGAAGUCAACUAAUGGAGGUAUUGUUUAGCGAUGGUCGGCAAGGUUAAAUGGAGAUACUUCCGCCGGAAGAAACAGACUAGACGAACGAAACGGAAGAAGAAUCACGAGAUAUCGACGAACAUCAACUUCUGUCCCUUUAAAGAGAAAUUUUUUUCUGAAAAGGGCUGUUGAGGAAUAAUCGACAUUGAUUUUUCUCAUUCUCGUUCAAACCUUUGUUAAAUUUUUUGUUCACAUUUCAAGUAGAACGAGUUUAACGUAAAAUUGACAAAAUUUUCUAAUAUACGGACUAUAUUUCUCUACGUAAUAGUUUAAUUAAAUAUCAAAAUGAUAAAAUUAAUAAUCCCUUCGUGAUCAUCGGAUGCAGAGUCCCUGCAGCACCCCCACCCACCCUCCACUGUCGUCUUGCCAUAAUUCAUUCGCCAUAGUGACGAGACGAGACGAGAUUAAAACGUCGAAAGUGAGUGUAAAUAAGAAAGGUGUAAAAGACGAUUCUUCGAUAAUAAUCGAACUCGUCCGAUCGAUUCAAAUUAUAUGUAUAUACAUAUAUAUACAUAUGUAUAUGUAUAUAUAGAGAAAUACAAGGACGAUAAAGCUAGUGCCAAACGUCAUAGUACUUAAGAAGAAAGAGAGAGAGAGAGAGAGAAAGAGUGAAAGAGAGAGUGAGAAUGAGAGUGAGAGAGAGAGGCAGUGUAAACUAGAAACUAAAAAGAAAAAAAAAACUAAGAAAUACACGGAAGACGUAUUACAAAAGUAGUAUCUUUGAUCGUUGUUCUACGAACGUGCAGUAUUCCUUUCGUCAAUCGAUGUAUCGAAAUAUACCGGCGACUUAAAUUAUUAUGGACGAUACUUAUAAUAACGAUAUUUUGCAUCACGACCCUCGGCUUCAAUUUUAUUUUUAAUUAUCUCAUUCAAAUUAAUAAAAAAGAAGAAGAAGAA